AUGACGCUUCUUAAGUGUCAUCUUAUUGAGAGGGAUGCUGUUCAAUCCAGUGAUGAUGAUGAUAAUUCAGUUAGUGCUUGCCAUGAUAAAGACUCUGUCGAAGAUAACAACCAUAGCAGUGUUAGCAAAGGUGAUGAACAUGAUAAGUUUGGUGUUGAAGACAGCGGUGGAAGGAGUGAUGAUUCUCGUGAAAUUGUUGAGGAGAGUGACUCAUCUGAAGAUGAGGUUGCACCUCGCAAUACUAUUGGAAAUGUUCCUUUGAAAUGGUACAAAGAUGAGGAACAUAUUGGAUAUGAUUUAUCUGGAAAGAAGAUAAAGAAAAAAGAGAAAACGAGCAAGCUCGAUUCUUUUCUUGCAAGGACUGAUGAUGCAAAGAGUUGGCGUAAGAUAAUAGAUGAGUACAAUGAUGAGGAAGUGGAGUUGACAAAAGAAGAGAUCAAUCUCAUCCGGAGAAUGAUGGAAUCAAAGGCACCUCAUGCUGAUUUCGAUCCAUAUCCUUCUUAUAUUGAUUGGUUCACUUGGGAUGGUGCUAAGCAUCCACUCUCAAAUGCACCAGAACCAAAGAGACGUUUCAUUCUCUCUAAGUGGGAUGCUAAAAAGGUUGUCAAGUAUGUCCGGGCCAUCAGGAAUGGGCAGAUUAAGUUUGAUGACAAACCCAAAGAAGAGCAUAAAUUUUAUGACUUGUGGGGUGAAGCCAGUUCUGCUGAUAGGCAGGAAGCCAGUUCUGCUGAUAGGCAGGGAUUGGCAUAUAUUCCUGCACCAAAACCUAAGCUUCCAGGUCAUGAGGAGUCUUACAAUCCCUCUUUAGAAUACAUCCCGACACAAGAAGAAAUUAAUGCUUACCAGCUCAUGUUUGAGGAGGACAGACCUAAAUUUAUACCAAAACAAUAUACUUCCCUGAGAAGUGUUCCUGCAUAUGAGAAAGCUGUCCAAGAAACAUUUGAUCGAUGUUUGGAUCUCUAUCUAUGCCCAAGAAAAUAUAAAAAACGUAUUAAUAUUGAUCCCGAGUCUUUGAAACCAAAGCUGCCAAGCCCUAGAAAUCUUAAACCGUAUCCAACAACUUGUUAUCUCGAGUACAGAGGCCAUAAGGGUCCAGUGAUGACUAUUUCUGCAGAGACCACUGGACAAUGGAUUGCUUCUGGUUCAAAGGAUGGAACUGUUCGCAUUUGGGAAGUUGAAACUGGCAGGUGUCUCCAGAUCUGGAAUAUAGGUGAACCUAUUCAGGAGGUUGAAUGGAAUCCUGAGCUUCCAUUAUUAGCUGUAGCAGCGGGUCAAGAUGUGUUCAUUCUGCACACCAGGUGUGGAAGUGAUGAACAUCAGAAGAAGAUCGAUGAUCUUCUCCAUGUUGUACCGAAGACAGGGGCUGAUGACUCUGAUACAAAUGCAUCCAUUGUCAACUGGGUUCAGGAUGAUACACAUGGAGGAAUCAGACUGAAGCAUUUUAAGACUGUUAGUAAAGUGGAAUGGCAUCGUAAAGGAGACUAUCUUUCAACUCUCAUGCCAUCUGGCCAAUCAAGAUCAGUGUUAGUUCACCAACUCUCCAAAAAACUUACACAACGGAUUCCAUUCAAGACAAAAGGAAUUCAUGUUUCAAGUGCUUUUCAUCCCACUCGUUCCAUUUUCUUUGCUACAACAAAAAAUGAUGUCCGCGUCUAUGAUCUAUUGAAGCAAAAACUUGUCAAAAAACUUGAACCUGGUGUCCGUGAAAUUUCAUCCAUAGCUAUCCACCCUGGUGGUGAUAAUGCCAUUGUUGGAAGCAAAGAUGGAAAGAUGUGUUGGUUUGACAUGGAUCUUUCAUCCAAACCUUAUAAAGUCCUUAGGUGCCACGGUAAGGAUAUCACCAGUGUUGCCUACCAUCGGUCUUACCCUUUAUUUGCGUCAAGCUCGGAUGAUUGCACCACAUACGUUUUCCAUGGAAUGGUUUAUUCGGAUCUGAAUCAGAACCCGCUGAUAGUUCCCCUGGAGAUCCUCCGAGGGCAUUCCAGUUUUGAUGGAAGAGGAGUUAUGGAUUGUAAGUUCCAUCCGAGACAACCUUGGCUGUUCACCGCCGGUGCAGAUUCUUUGAUCAAGCUAUAUUGCCAUUAGCUUCGUCAUACACCAAUCAUACCCUAAUAUGUCAGACUUUUUUUCUUUUUUUCUUUUUUUUUUAAUUUAUUUUUGAGUUUGUGUAUCGCUGAGCAAUUUUGAUCGAUACUAGCUCAUGUUUCUUGCAAAAGGUGGGUAGGAAUCAGAAACAAGUCCUUCAUUUUGUAGUUGUAAAUUAAGUUUUACUAAUGCAUUGCCCUUUUCUUUU